UUGUGUUCUUCCAUAUUCAUUGCUUCUUCUCUCCACUCAUACAAAAAGUUCUCUCUUCAUCUGUUCUUCUAUAUAAUAUAACCCUUGAGUCUCAUAAUUUCAUUCGUAAAAGUUUACGAUCUCAGUGUCCUAUCGCAUCGAAUUGUAUCAUCAAUGGCAGCACCAAUAGUAGAUGCAGAGUAUCUGAAGGAAAUAGACAAGGCACGAAGAGAUCUUCGAGCUCUCAUCUCCAGCAAAAACUGUGCUCCUAUUAUGCUUCGUCUAGCGUGGCAUGAUGCAGGAACUUAUGAUGCUAGAACAAGGACUGGAGGACCUGAUGGAUCAAUUAGGAAUGAGGUCGAGUACAAGCAUGCCGCUAACAACGGCCUCAAAAUCGCGAUUGAUCUUUGCGAAGAAAUUAAGGCCAGACAUCCUAAAAUUACGUAUGGUGACCUCUAUCAGCUUGCUGGAGUUGUUGCUAUUGAGGUAACUGGAGGUCCUACCAUUGAUUUUGUCCCUGGUAGAAAGGAUUCAUCAAGUUCGCCAGAAGAAGGGCGCCUUCCUGAUGCCAAACAAGGUCCACCACACUUGAGGGAUGUCUUUUACAGAAUGGGACUCUCCGACAAAGAUAUAGUGGCAUUGUCUGGUGGCCACACACUGGGAAGAGCACAUCCAGAGAGAUCUGGCUUUGAGGGUCCUUGGACUAAAGAGCCUUUGAAAUUUGACAACUCAUACUUUGUGGAGCUCCUCAAGGAGGAUUCAGAAGAUCUCUUGAAACUUCCCACUGAUAAAGCUUUGGUUGAAGAUUCACUAUUCCGCCCUUAUGUGAAACUUUAUGCAAAGGACGAAGAGGCUUUCUUCAGAGACUAUGCGGAGUCACACAAGAAGCUCUCAGAGCUUGGGUUCGCACCACCUUCAUCAUCCUUCAAGUUAACAUUAAAGAACAGCACGGUAUUGGCACAAGGUGCCGUUGGAGUUGCUGUUGCAGCAGCUGUUGUAAUAUUGAGUUACUUCUAUGAACUCAACAGGAGAAAUUAGCAUUAGCAAGCACACAAGUUCCAAUACAUUGGCUAACUCAGUUGUAGAAAGUGAAUAGCUCCAUAAUUCAAUGGCCUCAAAAUUGGUGAUUGUUAUUGGCACCGCAAAGAAUGAUGCUAGUAUUUCUUUAUGUUUCAUCAAUAAAUCUUGGGAUGUGCUGAUUGUAGCUACUCAAGUGUAAAAUAACAACAUGUCUUUGGUGACUUUGAAAUAUCAUAAGUCUACUGAUUGAGGAAGAAUUGUU